GGUGGUGGUGGCGGCGGCGGCGGCGGCGGCGGCGGCGGCGGCUCCGGACUGGGCUCUGCUGGGAGCGAGCGAGGGUCGGGAGCGCCGGGUCGAGCGCGGAUCUCCCGGCUCGACCAUCCUUCCGCCGCCCAGACGCCUGGGCCGCGGAGUUUGUGUCCCGGCUCGGACCCCGGCGCCCAGCCCGGAGCCGUAACCUUGAGGCGGCGGCGGCGGGGCCGGGCCGGGCCGGGCCGGGGGGCGGCGGCGCUGGAUCCGCGGCUGCCCGAUCGUUGGCGGGAGAUGUCGAACCCCGGGACGCGCAGGAACGGCUCCAGCAUCAAGAUCCGUCUGACAGUGUUAUGUGCCAAGAACCUUGCAAAGAAAGACUUCUUCAGACUCCCUGACCCCUUUGCAAAGAUUGUGGUGGACGGAUCUGGGCAGUGCCACUCAACGGACACUGUGAAAAACACAUUGGACCCAAAAUGGAACCAGCACUAUGAUCUAUAUGUUGGGAAAACGGAUUCCAUAACCAUCAGCGUGUGGAACCACAAGAAGAUUCACAAGAAGCAGGGGGCUGGCUUCCUGGGCUGCGUGCGGCUGCUUUCCAAUGCCAUCAGCAGAUUAAAAGAUACUGGAUACCAGCGUUUGGAUCUAUGCAAACUAACUCCCUCAGAUACUGAUGCAGUUCGUGGCCAAAUAGUGGUCAGUUUACAGACACGGGACAGAAUAGGCACUGGAGGGUCUGUGGUAGACUGCAGAGGACUGUUAGAGAAUGAAGGAACCGUGUAUGAAGACUCAGGACCUGGAAGGCCGCUCAGCUGCUUCAUGGAGGAGCCAGCCCCUUACACAGACAGUACUGGUGCUGCGGCGGGGGGAGGGGACUGCAGGUUUGUGGAGUCCCCGAGUCAAGAUCAAAGGCUCCAGGCGCAGCGACUUCGAAAUCCGGAGGUCCGGGGGUCACUACAGACGCCUCAGAAUCGUCCCCACGGCCACCAGUCACCAGAACUGCCCGAAGGCUAUGAACAAAGGACAACAGUGCAGGGGCAAGUUUACUUUUUGCACACACAGACUGGAGUGAGCACGUGGCACGACCCCAGGAUACCAAGAGACCUUAACAGCGUGAACUGUGAUGAGCUCGGACCGCUGCCACCAGGCUGGGAAGUCAGAAGUACAGUCUCUGGGAGAAUAUAUUUUGUAGAUCAUAAUAACCGAACAACCCAGUUUACAGACCCAAGGUUACAUCACAUCAUGAAUCACCAGUGCCAACUAAAGGAGCCCAGCCAGCCGCUGCCAUUACCCAGUGAGGGCUCUGUGGAAGACGAGGAGCUUCCAGCCCAGAGAUAUGAAAGGGAUUUAGUCCAGAAGCUGAAGGUCCUCAGACACGAGCUUUCGCUUCAGCAACCCCAAGCUGGUCAUUGCCGCAUCGAAGUGUCCAGAGAAGAAAUAUUUGAGGAGUCUUAUCGCCAGAUCAUGAAGAUGCGGCCGAAGGAUCUGAAAAAGCGACUGAUGGUCAAGUUCCGGGGAGAGGAAGGUUUGGAUUAUGGCGGAGUGGCCAGGGAGUGGCUCUAUUUAUUGUGCCACGAAAUGUUGAAUCCGUAUUAUGGACUCUUCCAGUAUUCUACGGACAACAUUUACAUGUUGCAAAUCAACCCGGAUUCUUCUAUCAACCCUGACCAUCUGUCUUAUUUCCAUUUUGUGGGUCGGAUCAUGGGUCUCGCCGUGUUCCAUGGACACUACAUAAACGGGGGCUUCACGGUUCCCUUCUAUAAGCAGCUACUGGGGAAACCCAUCCAGCUCUCUGAUUUGGAGUCGGUGGACCCAGAACUCCAUAAGAGCUUAGUGUGGAUUCUAGAGAAUGAUAUCACCCCUGUGUUGGACCAUACUUUCUGUGUGGAACACAAUGCUUUCGGGAGGAUUCUUCAGCAUGAACUGAAACCCAAUGGCCGCAAUGUUCCUGUCACAGAGGACAACAAGAAAGAAUAUGUCCGGUUGUAUGUAAAUUGGAGGUUCAUGAGGGGGAUUGAAGCCCAGUUCUUAGCUCUUCAGAAAGGGUUUAAUGAACUCAUUCCCCAACACUUACUGAAACCGUUUGACCAGAAGGAACUAGAGCUGAUCAUAGGCGGUCUGGAUAAGAUAGACGUGAGCGACUGGAAGUCCAACACUCGGCUGAAGCACUGUGUGGCCGACAGCAACGUUGUCAGGUGGUUCUGGCAGGCCGUGGAGACCUUCGAUGAGGAGAGGAGGGCCAGGCUGCUGCAGUUCGUGACCGGCUCCACUCGGGUCCCUCUCCAAGGCUUCAAGGCUUUGCAAGGUUCUACAGGCGCGGCAGGGCCCCGGCUCUUCACCAUCCACCUGAUCGACGCCAACACGGACAACCUGCCGAAGGCCCAUACCUGCUUUAAUCGGAUUGACAUCCCACCUUAUGAGUCUUACGAGAAGCUCUAUGAGAAGCUGCUGACAGCCGUGGAGGAGACCUGUGGCUUUGCCGUGGAGUGAAGAGGGCAACCAAAGGCAACAGAUUCUAGCUCAUGACCGCCAGACCCAAAGCAAGCUUUCCGUGCGCCUCCUGCGAAGCUGGCUGAGGCCCGGGAAGCCUAGAUGACCCGAGGGAAAAGGUUUUCGCCCCUCCUUUUCAUUGGGGGAGCAAGGGGGCUGGGGGGACUUUGGCUGGCGGCUCCCACCCAUAUUUUCCUCCUUUCUGACAGUGACCCCACCCCCUUCCAUCGCCCAUCCAAUAAAAUGCGGCCAGGUUUAGCAUUUGGCUUCGGUCACACGGGAUACCCUGCAGCAACUAUAACCCCCGUGGUCGGUGAUAGGCUCACUGCCCUGUGGCCUUUAUAGGAGGAUCAACUCACAAGUUCUGGAACUGAGCUUCGCUUACUGAGGGUUUGUAACUGGUAGCUCUUCUGUCUCCAAACAGUCCUGAGGCCCCUUUUCAAGUUCAGCAGCUCAAAUUCCAGUCACAUCCUUGCAGCCUGCUCUGGGAAGCAGAUGAAUCUCUAACUGAAAAAUAACCGUAUUGUCCGUUGGAAUUCUACCCCAGCUGAAAGCCUGCAUCCAAAGUAUGCUUCCCUUUUGGAAAAGUAAAGGAACUGGGGCAGCUUUUGCUGGAGGCCUGGGGUAUUUUUCAGGGGAUCCUGGCUGAAAAAAUUUUUUUGCAUAGAGAAAAAUGAUCUUUCCUUUUAAAAGUCCCUUUUGCCACAUUAUCUAUCUAGUUUGAGAUAUUUUUCCAGUGAAAAACCACAUAACAGCUUAUAAAAGAACACACCAAACCAGCCUCAGAUCCAUGUCGCCAGUCCUGGGCUGCAGCCCCCCCCCCCCCCCCAACCUGGAUGUAGAAAAGGGUCUGCUGGGUCCCUUGAAUACUAACCAAGUGUUGUGCGGAAAGUUGCUAAGAGCUAACAGAAUUCUGUUGUUGUAGCUGCUGGCUUGAUGCAAAGUAGCCUCAAAGGGAGAGGGGGAACGGGCAACCUCACUGACUUAGAUCCACCCUGAGGGACUGUUUUAAGAAAAGUAGGGCGUGAAUGCAAACCUGACGGUGGAGGGGGCCCUUCCCCCCUGGCUCAUUCUGCUCACUCCCCGGGUGCUGGGUGGGGGCGCUAACAAUCACUGCCCCGUUGCCUUGCCCAGACGUGCUCACGUGAGGAGCAAGGCCAAAGACUGGACCCUGAGUUUCUAACACCAUUUUCCAAUUUGCACAAAAGUUCAAGCAGUAUUUGAACAAGGUGGUUUGGUUUGCGAUAAACUUCCAUGAAGGGCGGCAGCAGCAGCAGCAGCAAAUCAUCUGGUUUGGUUUUUUGUUGUUUUUGGGGGGUGGUAAGUGCGGGGUGAUUCAUCAGGAAGACAUUUCACUGUUGAACGUCUGCCGUUGGUUUUGGAGUUCAGCGUUGGGAUCCAGCCGUGUGUCUGAGAUGGGUUUGGAAGGAGCUUUCGGAUGACUUAUCCCUUUUGUUACUGAUCCCUUUGGAGCGAGGUGGGUUUGGAGGCGAGCUCGCCCCUGUGCGUCUUGCCGUGGUUCUUGGGCUUGCCCCGAAGCGUUCUGUGGCUGCUGCGGGGGAGCUCGGGGACCCUUGGGAGAUAGACACUCCCUCGGAACAAGAAGUCUGACUGGUCCGGUGGGCCGUGGGCUGCCAGCUGUGGGUUCCAGGAGCUACGAGAGUGAGCGCACGUCUGGGCCACCCCUGGAGGUACCAGGGUAGAGAGGGUGUCAAGUGGGCCUGGCUGCAGAGGGGAAAUGAAAUCCGUUCAGGAAGUCUGGGCCAUAUCAUGGGCUUGGACUGUCAGAAGUUCUGCCUUGCCCAAGUCAGGCUCACCCUGUGUCUCGUUUACCAUGAUCCUUCUGCGGGCAUUUCUAGAAGCUGGCUCUCCGUGAUUCUGGUCCUCCCUCGUAACCUUCCUCUGGAAGAGUGAGGAAAUGUCAGCUAGGGCCCUACCCCCACACAGGCCUCCGCUCGAAGGUGUACCUCAACCCUCUGGUGUGAGGAGGAGACCUUCACAGAAGAGCCAAGGCACAUCCAGGCUGAGGGGGGAGCAGCACGGAUUGUUCCCGUGGUUUGGCCCAGACCUGCAGGAAUGAGCAAGGAGACGAGGGUCUAGCAGGACUGUGGCCUUUGGCUCUUGUAAGAUGAUGCUCCUGCUGUUGGGAGGAACGAGAACAGUCCUUAGAACCCACGCUGCCCACGUGGCAGGUGCUGGCCCAGUACGCGUUCCCCGCCUGGAAGGCGUGGCUCUCUGCUUUUCUCCCUCACCAGCCACCCUCAUCAGCUGUGUGUUACAGUGGAGCCCAAAAGAGCAGAACUUUCCAGAGCCCUGGUCACUCUUGCCAGACGGGCCCAUCAGUGGCACUGCACUUCUAGAACCUUAACUACCAACCAUGGAUUGGGCCUUUUGAACCACAUGAAGAGUAGUGUGGCAGACAGUGGGCAAAAUCUCUGGAUCACUCCACUCUGGGUCCGUGUGGACCCUGUUCCCACGAGCUCUCGUUUGUGGCACUCGGUAGUUCCCCACGCCUUCCACCGCCCCCUCUCACCUGUUGGCCCAGAUGCUUCAGGGGCCCAUCUUGCAGGCUUGCCCUCACCAGUGGUCAUCAGCCGAUGCUCAGGGAUGUAGCAAACCGCCGCUCUGCCCUUGCUGUAGGAAGGAAAAACAAAUGGGCUGCUUGGCGGGGGCGCGGGGGGCGGGGUGUGCAGUCAGGUUAGCUCUCUCCCCAGGGGAGAGUCUGCCUGCCGGGAGGCCUGUGCUCCCCGAGCUUGCUUGGCCACGUGGUCCCAAUCCAGGUGAGGGGGGGUCCUCCAACCCGAGCUGUCGGAAUGGCCUUCCGCAGAGAAAAUGCCCCGUCCCCCCAGCCCCGUCCACAGCCAGGCACGUGCCACAUGGCAGCCUUCCCGAAAGAUAGUAUGAAUUUUUAAAAUUGGUUUAUUUUUGUUUCUCAACCACUUUAUAAUGUAUUUUUUAAUUUAUUUUGUAAUGUCUUGUUUUUAAGUAUUGCUGCUAUCCUUGUUAUUCUUCCCACUGUUUUUAUUGCUGAUUUAUUUUGUGAAAAUUGUACACUAAUGUUCUGUUUUAUGUCAAAAUCAGAAGUAUUUAAAGAAAUACUAGUUCUAUUUAAUGUGGUUAUGGAACCAGCUGGAAACACAAAAUAAACAGCGAUUGUACCGCAGGCUGGACCCAGGAGGUCAGGUUCAUUUUGUUACAUAUGCAAUAAACUCACAACUUUACAUUU